AUGGCAACACGAAGUCGACGAAGCGCAGCCACAGAAGUUGUAGAAGAGGAGGAGGAGCAGGAUGGCGUCAAGAGACUACGGUUCAGGCAGCCUCUGGUUGGCAAGCCCGGCAGGCCAAUUGGUGUUGGAGAUUUACACACAAGAUUGAAGGCAUUGUCUGAAGAGUUGCGAGGUUUGGAACAGGAGGAAGCAGAAAGAGAUUCCCUCGAGCCUGUCGCGAAAGAGCUCGCGAACCAGAGUCUGCUGCACCACAAGGACGCGGGCGUGCGCGCAUGGGCUGCAUGUUGUAUUGUGGACAUGUUCCGUCUGUGUGCGCCAGAUGCGCCUUACACGGCUGCACAGCUAAAGGACAUCUUCACUUUGAUAGUGGUCAAGAUCUUCCCUUUGCUCGCAGACCCUUCGCACCCCUACAACGGCCAACACCUUUAUGUAUUGCGAUGCUUAGCUGAAGUCAAGAGCAUUGUCCUCCUGACCGACAUACCUUCGUCUGGCCCGUUGACAUCUGCGCUUUUCACGAACUGCUUCGAUGUGCUGUCAGGACCUUCAAAAGCGGAUAACGGCGAGGAGCUAAGCAAGAACGUGGAACACCACAUGACCGCGGUUUUAACGAUCCUCAUCGACGAAGCAGCAACCCUAUCAUCGGAUGUCGUGGACGUUGUAGUCGCUCAAUUUCUCUGGGCGGAUCCCAUUACUCUGCAAUCUGGUACCUCGAAAGGAAAAAAGGCCGCACAGAUCGAUAGUAAGCAAUCGACAUUGCGUCGCAAGGAGGCGCCACCUGCCUAUAACAUGGCGAAGAACAUCUGCAAUGCUUGUGAAGACAAGAUGGCACGCCUCAUUGGUUCUUAUUUCAGUUCCGUUAUCGUUGACUUCACGUCUGGUGGAUCGUCCCUGAAGCAUCGCGAUGCUGACGAUUCCGACGAUGAGAGGGCCAAGGGCCCCUCAGAUGAUGAACUAAAUGACGCAAUAAAGGCACAUCGGCUGCUCCGUGAGCUAUGGCGAUGCGCUCCUGGAGUACUCAAGGACAUAAUACCGCAUUUGCAAGAAGAAUUGGGUACAGAAAACAUCCAAUUGCGCCAACUGGCGACAGAGACUUUUGGAGAUAUGAUAUCUGGCAUUGGGGCCGCUGGCCCUCCUGCGCGUCCUGAGCUUAACCCAGCGGCAUAUCCAUCUCAAAGCCUAGCAUCGCCUGAUUCGAACAAGACUUACAAUUUCCUUACUACCCCGACUUCACCGAAAUCCUUUCCCAAUGAAUACCCUGGCGCGUAUCAUUCGUUCUUACAACGCAAGCAUGAUAAAGCUGCUGCCAUCCGUGCGGCCUGGGCGACUGCUGUGGGCCGUAUACUCAUGACUGCAGCCGGUGGGGUUGGGCUAGACCCCGACGAGGAGCAGAGGCUUCUGCGUUCGUUCUCUGAAAGCCUCAUUGACAGUGACGAGCGUGUACGACUGGCUGCUGUCCGAGCUAUCGACAAUUUCGAGUUUGAUGACUUGGUUCAGAAGCUAGGAACUAACGGGACUAUGUCUGAGCCCGGAUCAGUACUUUCCAACCUUGCAGACAGAGUGAAGGAUAAGAAGAGUGUCAUCCACUCCGAAAGCAUGAACCUUCUUGCUCGUAUCUGGGGUGUAGCAGCAGGGGCCAUUGCGGAGGGCAACGAGAGAAUCACUACACUUCUCGGACCAAUCCCCUCAAGGAUUCUUGGCGCGUGUUACGUCAAUGACCCAGAAAUUAAUGUGCAUAUUGACUUGAACCUGUUUGAGUCACUUCUGCCUCUAGGCUAUCCACCAAUGAAACCCAGGGCGGCCGUUAAUGGUGGUUCACAGAUUGUCAGGGAUAGUCAAGCAAAUACCGAGCAAGGCUACACAGAGGCAGAACUUGACAAGAUCCGCACAGAACGAAUGCUGGUUCUGGUCCGAGGUCUAGACGAGAGGGCCCAGAAGGUGUUCUUCAUCAAGCAGGGCAACCAAACGGCUGGAGUGACAUACAUGGAGCGAUUCCUCAAAUUGUGCGAGGAUUACAAUGGAGGUGUUAUGGACAAGGACGCAAAAGAGAUUAAAAACACCCUUGGGGGACUCAUCAAUUUCUACGGCAAGACCUUAUCAGACUCUGGCCGUGCUGUGGAAGAUCUAUGGAAAUUCGCGAAAGCUCACGACCGCCGGAGUUACCAACUUAUCCGAUUUUGCAUGGCACCAGAAAGCGAUUACCGCAAGAUUUACAAGUCUAUCAAAGAGCUUCGAAAGAGGAUCGAGGACAGCUCGAACCCCGCCUUGAUGGAAACUCUCACGCCUCUUCUUUAUAGGGUCAGCCUGUUAUGUUAUAACAAGAGUCACGUACCCGCUAUCAUCGAGUUCUCACGCACCGACGACAAAGGCCUUGGAGCAAUCUCGCACGAGAUGUUGAAGGACAUCUCAACGAAGCACCCACAAGUUUUCUCUACUCAUGUCAAGGACCUCUGUAAAGCACUAGAGAGCGAAGCGCCCACGGCAACCACGCCCAACCCACCAAACGCAGUAGAGGAUCUCAAGGCGUGUGCUAGUUUCGCGAAGAAGUUUCCCAAGGACGUUCCGCUGAAUACGAAGGAUGGACGAAAACUUAUCCAAUGCUUCAUGAACUUUGCAUUGUUCGGCUCGCCCCCGAAAGCCGCUAAACAUGCCAUUACAAUUAUCAUUAGUAGUGAUAACAAGAAAGAGUUGCACAUUAAGGAAAUCCUGGAGAAAAGCAUCAAGGGUUUCGAAUAUGGCUGUCAAAACUGGCUCACAAGGCUUGCUGCUAUCAGUCAGAUACUGCUAUUGGCUCCCCAGGACUGCGAGAAACACACAGAUGCUAUUGUUGACAUCGCUGUGAACAAUGUUCUCCUCAAAGCUCACCCAGUGGAAGCUGAAGCUGAAGUCGAAUGGAUGGAGACACCGGAUGACGACAUGAUUGCGCGGACCUGGGCACUCCAGAUUCUUGUGAAUCGACUACGAUCUUUCCCUGCGGACGAGGCUAUCAAAGAUACAGCCUCCCCCAUCUACGCGAUGUUGAACCGACUCGUAAAGGAAGGUGGCGAGGCAUCGAAGAAAAAGAACACACCUCUAGGACACAAGAAUCUUCAGCGCUUGCUGGCGAGCAAUUUCCUGCUUAAGCUUUCGAGUGUACGACGUCUCGACGGCCUCUUGACAGGUACCGAUUUCAAUGAACUCGCUUUCGUUACCCACGACGCCUGCAGCCAAAUCCGCAAGGGCUUCGCAACGAGACUGAUGAAAUAUCUCGGCCAAAACCGCCUUCCUUCUCGAUUCUACACGAUCUUGUUCCUCUGCGCAUACGAACCAAACUCCAGUCUCAAAGAGACAAUACUGACCUGGCUGCGAUCUCGUCGCGUGGUCUUCGCUGCUCGGAAAGAGAUCAUCCUCGAGACUGCAUUUGCCCGACUACUUAGCCUACUCGCCCAUCACCCCGACUUCGACACCGAUGAAGAUACCCUCAAGAUCAUGUCACAUUACAUCCUAUUCUAUCUGAAAGCCGUGGCGACGCAAGACAACCUAUCUCUCAUAUUCCACGUUGCGCAGCGGGUCAAGGGUGUUGCAGAGGGCCUCAAGCCAUCAGUGAAGGCGGAUGAGAACUUGUACAUAUUAUCCGAUCUCUCGCAAGCUCUGAUACGGAUCUGGGAGGAACAGAACGGGUGGAGCAUGCAAUCGUGGCCUGGUAAGCUGAAGUUGCCUGCUGGCAUCUUCAAGCCUCUCGAGAGCCACGAGCGCGCACAAGAGAUUGCGGACAAGGUUUGGAUAGACGAGGAUCUUGUAGAGUCUCUCGAGCCGCUUGUACGUGCGGGACUGAAGGGUAGGAAGAGGAAAGCGACGGAUGGCGCAGACAAACCAAAGAAGAGGGUGAAGGCGGAGAAGAAAGAGAGGCAGCCAAAGGCAGAGCGAGCUAUCAAGGUGCCCAAGAAGAAGAGGAGAGCUGCAGGAAGUGACGAUGACGAAGCUGGCGGUCGCGCUGGAGCUGCAAGCGGACCUCGCCGCAAGAGCGAUCGACGCAGCAAUGCGAAGAGCUAUGUUGAGAUUUCUAGUGGAGACGAAGAGGAUGAAGAGGAAGAGGCUGGCUCUGAUGAAGAGGAAGAUGAGGAGGUGUCGGGCGAAAGUGAUGCUGGGAGCCCCGAACCAGAGGCAGAAGACGUAGAAAUGGCAAACACCGAUGAGCCUGAAGAACAAAACGAAGACGAAGAUGAGGCGCCAGAGUCUGAGCCCGAACCCACACCUCCACCAAAGAAAUCAGCAGCGACCAGAGGACGAGGCGGGGGCAAGAAGUCCAACGGCGUAGCAUCAUCACCACCUCCAGCGCCCUCUUCAGCCGCAAAGCGCAAAACCCCUUCGAAAGCAUCAACAGCAACCACUCCCGCCAGAUCCUCUCGAACUCGCGUCCAGGAAAUCGAUGAAGCCGAAUCAAGUCGCGCCCCCGCCGCAGCUACAGGUAGCGUGCGACGCAGCACGCGGACGAGGAGCUGA